AUGUCUAAGCUAUUUGUUCACGGUCUUUCUUGGCACACCAAUGAUGAUACUCUGCGCCAGGGAUUUGAGCAAUUCGGUGAGAUCCAAGAAGCCAUUGUGGUGAAGGAUCGUGCCACGUUGCGUAGCCGUGGGUUUGGCUUCGUUCGCUUUGCUUCAGAUGCCGAAGCAGAUGCCGCGAUGGAAGCCAUGAACAAUCAGGAAUUUGACGGACGGGUCAUUCGUGUCGACAAGGCCUUUGACCGCCCUCAACGUACCGAUGGUGGCUUCCAGGGCCGGGGUGGGUACAAUUCGCAACCCCCCUCCGGCUACCAGGGUAAUGCUGGUUAUGCUGGGGGUAACUACCACCCUAAUGCUGGGUACAACAACGGGGGUGGUGGAUACGGGGGUGGAUACAACCGCGGGUACAACAACAGCCCAAGUGGUCCCACCGGCUACGGCGCGGGGGGGUUAUGGCGGCGGUGGCUACGGUAUGUUAGAGGAUCGCUGGAAACAUUAUCACUCAUGAAACAUACUUACUCUGAAACAGGUGGUGGUCCCAACACCGGAUACGGUGGUGGAGGAGGCUGGCGUGGCAACAACGGCGAGCAGGCUCCUCAGGACGGCCACCACCACUGA